UCUUUUACUUGGGUUAGACACGGUUGGAAAAAGGUAGCAGGAUGGAUUAUAGCACUUUGGUUUUCAGAAUGAUUUUUCAGGUAUUUGCAGUUUUAUUCAUCAUUGUUUCUGCUGAAAAGACGGAUGAAAAUAAAAACCAUCAUCCUAAUCAUCGAAACACCGUGAUGAGCUUCAACGAUCAUUGGAUAGGAAUGCCAAAAUCUCCUUACGUACACUACACAGCUACAGUCAGUACUACAACAGCUUCCGUGGCGCCUCCAACAUCUCCACCGUUAGUCACGAAAAGAAGCUCAAAAUCGAGACCUAAAAAAAAAAGAAAACCAACUAAGAAUUCAAAGCGAAGACACGAUCCCGAAGAACUAACCAAGUCGGAAGAAGAAAAUUAUAGAAAAAAAGAAGCUUAUCCAGAUUUUGAGUAUGACUAUGACUCUUAUGGCCCAUCUUAUGGAAAACCGUCAGCUUCGACGCCGUAUGUCAUAAGAAAUUCAGCAUCAAAUUCAAGAGUGGUUUACAUGAAUCCUUCUGCUGCUGGAUCUUCACCAUCCGUGAGUGCGAUAUUUGCCGGUAUUCCAAAGAUUGCAACAUAUGUCGUCCCAUCUUCUAAAAAAUACUAUGUCCAGAAAGUGAAAUCUCACGCAAUGUACGCCCCACCAGUUUUUUCUGCGUCAUCAAACUCCCCUACAUAUGCUGCCUCUUCUAAUUCUGGGGUGAGAAGAAUUGAUCCUUUGGAUUACGAUGACAAUGCAGGUUCGGUUUUAGGUCCACAAAAUAGCUUUCCACCAAGAGCCGUUAUGAACAAGAUUGCUGAACCGGGACAACAACAACCCUGUCACGGGCCAGAAUGCCACCAACACCACAAGGGCUUGGUACGAUUUUAUUGGAGAAGAGUGGUUUAUCCACCAGGAGAAGGGGGGAGAAACCGCCCAUCCAGAUUCAGACGUCCAUCUAGAUUCAGAAAUCGUCGAAGAUUCCGUGACCGAGCCAGGUCUCCUUCAGAUCAAAAGGAACUAUAUGCUUCAGAACCGGAAGAAGAAGAGGAAGAGGAGGCUGAAGAUACUAACCAUCAUGAUGAAGAGGAAGAUUAUGAUGAAGAUGAAGAUGAAAAUGUGAACAGCACGAAUAGUCGAAAUAAAUGGAGACCAGGGAAGGCUUAUGGCCAUGAUUUGCAUGAAGGAAGUAAUUACAGCGAUGAUAAUAUGAGAACCUACAGAGAUAAAAGAUUUGCGUAUAAAAAGAGAAUAAAAAAUAAUUGAAAGCUAUUCAUUAUUAAGAUGAGUUGAAUCAUAUUGAUUUCAUGCAUUUCUAACCAGAAAUUUAUUUUGAAUAAUAUUGAGAGAAAAAACUAUUUUGUUAAGGAAUACAAUACUCAUCAACGUUUAACACUGAGUUUUAGGCAAGACAAUAAAACAUAUAUUACUUUUCAGGAUACUGGCCCAUUUUACAAUAAAAGUUUAUUCAAACUAUGCUUCG